AUGGCUGAACCCAAUCCAGGCGCAGCCUUUGCGCCAAACGCCUACGCCAACGCCUUUAUCUCUGGCAAGCCGCGCGACACGACCAAUCUCGUACAGCAGCGCCUUCGCAAAGCAAAGCUCUUCAACGAGGAGCUCGCAGACUACUUUGCUGCCCGUCGCGAAUUGGAGGAAGCCUACCUCAAGCAACUUCAAAAGAUCUCCAAACGCACCUUUCUCUCGGAUCCCUCUUCCAUCCCUCCCGGCUAUGCACCUGUCUACGAGCGACUUGUUCAGGAGCUUGCGGAAGUAGCCAGUGCCCACGGCGAGUUGGAGAAGCGCAUCGCCGAAGACUGCGAGGGUCCCAUCCGAAAUGCAAGCUCGAAAGGCGAAUGGGGUCGCAUCAAGGAUCACGACGACUCGCUCGCCAACACUCUGCGAGAGCUCAACUCGCUCGAAUCGCAGCUGCAGAAAGACCAGAAGAAGCUCGAAGGCGCUUCCUCCAAGAAGGCAUCCCAGGCUAAUGCAAAGGUGCAAGAGACCGAGCGCUCCAUAUCGCAGACCAUGGAGAUCUGGGAGACAGAAGCACCCUUCGCAUUUGAAGCGUACCAGCGCAUCGACGCGCAACGACUCGAGCUGCUCAAAGAGACCGUUGCUAAGUUCGAGACCGCACAGAGCGAUGCUGCUCAGCGCAUCAUGUCGAGCUCCGAAAAGACCAUGCAGGAAUGCCUCACCUUUGAUACCCAAGCCGACAUGCAGGACUUUAUCCUCAAGAACGGCACUGUCGGCGGCACGUCUUCUUCUGCCGCUCGCAAUGGAAGGUUGGCAGCUCCACGUCCUGCUGCCCCGACGAGUCUCAAUCGCCAGUCCUCGGUCGCAGGCCGCAGCAUCAGCAGCCGCACGGGCGCCGACAGCUCCUCACGAGGCAGGUCCAACGGUGCCGGUCUCGGCGAGUUCGGCGCCUCUUCCGCCUCGAUCCACUCGGCCGACCGUACACAGGACGGCACACCCAGCAAGUCAACCGGAUCCACCUUGAAGAACGCCUUUAGCCGAUUCGGCCGUGGACGCGCCAACAAGGAUUCUGCCAACACCCAGACCGUGUACGGUGGUUUGCCGGACGAGCCCGCCGAUUCCUCCUUCUCGUCCAUGAACCGCAGCGGAACAUUGCGACAGAACUCGGCAGCGCCAGGUGGAGCCAGCUCGUCGUCACGCAACGCUGCAGGUCUCGCACCAGGCGACGAUUCGAUGGACUCGAUGGCUCCAGGAUCAGGUGGAGGACUGAUGGCGCCCAUGGUACCAUCAUCAGCACCCUCAAAGAGAACCACACCCUCCGCCUCAGCUGCUGGCGCUACCGGCUCCGACACUGCUGCGCCGCUCGUCGACUCGGAAGGCUACUCCAUCCCACCACCCGACCGCAAGCCGUGGGAGACCGCUGCUAUCCCCGGUGCAGCCACCAGCCCUGCAGCUGCCGGCUCCUCCCUCAUGGACGACGACGAAGACUCGCGCGACACCUUCGACAGCACGCUCAACAACCGCGUCAGCAGCAUGAACAUCGCCAGCCAACCCAUCACCGAGGACGCGUCCAAGGACAAGGCCGCACUUGAGCGCAUGAAGUCGACUCUGCUCACGAGCGGUCCACCCACCCGUCGCGGCACCACACGACGCGAUCGCCGCGACGUGCGCAACACAACAUACAACCCGGCCUUCGGCGCCGUCGGGGCAUCAGGGGGAGACGAGAAUCGCCUGAGCCAGUUCGGCACGCUCACCGCAUCUCCGCAAGCCAGCGCGCCUGUAUCCCCUUCGCCCUUCGCCCCGCAGAGCACCUUCACCGGCACCGCAGGCGUCGGUGCGCACCGAACGCAAUCCAUCGCCUCGGUCGCCUCCUCGUCGAACCCCUUUGAGAACAGCGCCACCACGUCGCCCGUCAAGGCGAGCCUCUCUGAGCGGGUCAACGCGAUCUUUGUCGGGCGGGAGAUCUCCAAGGUGAUGGUGGUGGGUGAGCUUUCGAUUGCCGUCACUCCGGCCGCUGCUGCUGGUGCGGGGGGGAAGAUGCAUAUCCGCAUCGAGUCGUUUGAGCAGUUGGAAAAGGCAGCGCCGAACCCGGCGUUCCUGACUCCGGUAGCGAACGCUGCGGGGGAGUAUCUCUUGGACACCAAAGCCUUGCUCGAGCAAGGUACCGUCCCAACGGGCAAUGGGGGUCAGGCGGUGGUGCUCAAAUACCAACUGCACAUCUCGGAUUCGCGCAAGAACGAGUACGUUCCCGUCCAACUGCACGCCCAAUGGCGAUGUGAACCACACCAAACGUCGUUCCUCCUCACCUACACGCCCAACACCACCUCUCGCCUCUCAUCGUCAACCGAACCCCCCGCCGUGGUGCAGGACCUCCAAUUCGCCGUCCAACUCCAACCCUCCACCGUCAGCAACAUUAUGAGCAAACCCACCGCGACCUACGUCGCCGAAACCAAGAGUUUGUUUUGGAAGAUCAACGAGACUCUCCCCCUCGCGGGGUCCGAGGGCGAUACGCGAAAGUUGUUGGCGAGAUGUCAGAUUGAGGGUGGACAGACCGUGCCCAGUGCGGUGCAUUUGCGGUGGAAGGUGCUGGGCAAGACGGUGAGCGGAUUGGGGGUGGUGAGUAUCGGCGAGGGGACAAGGAUCGAGGAGGUGGUACGACAGUGCGUUGCGGGGAAGUUCAUUGCUUCGCCCUAG